CUAUCAUUAUGCUGAAAGGUGCUACUGGAUGCCAUCAAAUGAGUCUAAGCAUAGACCACGCCUCAAACAUUAGAUUGACCUAGCUGUGUUGCUCAGGGCUAUGAAAAAUUUUGCAGAGUGCCAUAGUUAGGUUGAUCUAACCAAGACUGUAGAUGGUAGAUUGAAGGAAGAAUUCUUCUGUUGACCUAGCUACCACCUCUCUUCCAUGGAUGUAUGAAACAUUAGCUGCAGCACCAUGGCUGUGUUUCUGUCGUGUAGACACAGCCUGAACCAAAGACUAUCAAAGAGUUGUUAAAAAUCAGUGUGUGUGCCAGGCAUUCUUGAAGAGUGUGUUUUUACAGUAAGACAAUCUGUGUAGCUAUUCUCAUAGUUAAAUUCUAGUGGAGACAUGGCUCUACAAUUUUUACCACAAUGAAACUAAGCAAGGUCAAAUCCAAAUGUGGGGUAUAGUGUUGAUCUCUGCGAGCUACACUGCAGUAAAAACUGCCUGUGCCUUGGCUCCACUAGGAUUUUACAGGGAAAUAGCUAGUAGGUGUCUGUUAUCUCUAUAAAAACCUAAAUUUUUUGGAUGUGAAGACAUCACUCCAGACUCUAUGGAAGAAGCAACUCCACUAGAGACUGUUACAAAUAAUGAAGGGACUGUCAAGGCACAGGGCAAGUCAGAGUGGAGCUGUAUGAAGCUGACUUUCCCUGACUGCAAACAGAGGGGCUAGGAUAUUGGUUUUGCAGCCUGUGUGCGCGCUACAGGCAAAAAGCCUGGAGAAGCAGUUAUGAGCAGGAUCCUAAGAAGAAGCAGAGAGAGAGUUUCUUGGACAUCUAGCUUGCCAGUGUGAUAGCAAUGAAGAUUUCUGAGCAAGAAAACUGCCUAUUAUUUAUGUCUACUAUGUUCAUGGAAAUGGGACUUUUUGAUGUAAUCUUAUUUACAAAAAUGAACACAAAGAUUAUAACCUGGCUCAUAUUGUUGAUUUCCCCCCUCCUAACAGAAACAGCCCUGCAACGUCCCAGGUAUUAUAGUGUUGUCCUUUGGCCCAAACAGCUAUUACACAUUUUUAGUGUAAAACAACAUAAUGUAUAACUGAAGCUCAUUCUUAUACCUAUCCUACAAUAGUACAGACAAGCAAGGCUAGAUUUUACAUAAUAGUUUUACCUUUCCAAAAUACCAGAAAACGAGUUUUGUGGGGAUUUUUAUUAUGAGCCUGACUCUGUGAGCUCAACUCCUUCAACUCCCACUGCAGCCAAUACUUGCAAGAUCAGAUAUGUAAUUAAGCAUCUUAUGCUUUCUGAAAACUGUACCUCUUAAAGUCAAAAUUUACUUCCGUUUUCCUAAUUUAGCUCCCUAACUUUCCCCUUUUUUUCUCUUUCUCUCUCUCUCUCACACACACACACACACAAUACUCAGGGGUGUGUCCCAGAUCCCUUUUGUUAUUUCAUUGACUUACCCUCGCUAUUGGAACUGAACACAUAUCACACUAGAAAAUCCACAAGAGAAAGAGGUAGGGAAGGUAGUAUAGUUAAGUUUUGGCACUGAUCUCAGAUAUACAUAGCAACAUCUUAUAAAAGUGUCUGUUACAUGAACACAGUAGUUAAUUUUGCAAGUUACAUGGCAAUGCAUGACCCUUUGUCUCUGAAGCUAAGAUCAAAUUCUUAGGCAGCAGUAACAACAAAAGAAUGUAAAUCCUUCAGAUAGUAAUUUCCCUCAGUAUAGCAAAGAACACAGCUGCAUAUUCUGAGUGAAGGGAUUGGCAGGAAAGCAAGGCUGAAACAACUGUGAUGAACUAAAUAAUUCCCAUGGUCAGCACACUGUAAGAGGCACAUGCUCUAAGGCAGGGGUUUUCGACCUUUUUCUUUCUGAGGCUCCCCCAACAUGCUGUAAAAACUCCAGGGCUCACCUGUGCCACAACUGGUUUUCUGCAUAUAAAAGCCAGGGCCAGCAUUAGGGGGUAGCAAGCUGGGCAACUGCCUGGAGCCCAACACCAUAGGGGCCCCUGUGAAGCUAAGUUGCUCAGACUUCCGCUUCAGUCCUGGAUGGUGGGGCUCAGGGCCCUGGACUUCAUUCUCAUAUGGUGGGGCUUCUACUUUCUGCCCUGGGCCCAAGCAAGGCUAACACUGGUCCUGCUUUGCAGUCCCCCUGAAACCUGCUUGCAGCCCCUGGUUGAGAACCUCCGCUCUAAGGAAUAUGAUUUAGAGGGCAGUAGGCCCAGAUCUUCAAAGGUAUUUAGGCUCUUAACUUCCAUCAGAUCCCGUAGGCUCCUAAAUAUCUUUAAGGAUCUGGGCCUAGAAGUCAACACUUCUUCGUAAGGAAUGUUACUAUGAAGAAACAACUUUUUGAUCCACUCACAUUUUGGUUUUUUGGUUGUUUAUUGGAAACCAGUCUAAAGGAAGCUUAAUUAAUUCUUUAUUUCUAGAGAAAAAAACACACUUUAAAAUGCCUCAAACAAUUAAGCUUUUCUCAUACUUCUUGGAAGAUUCUUCCACAGACUAAAUGAUUUUCAAGUCCGGACAUUUGUCCGGUAGUCAGUCUAAAUAACUCUUCUUAACUUCAGUUCAUUACACCUACAGCACCCUGAACAAGCCAUGUCCUUCAUUGGAAUUUACACCUGUCAAAUGCUAUGAUCACCAUGCAGAGGUGACUAUAAGCUCCCAGUUCAAUGGGUCCUAUUGGCACUGCCCCCUCCUUGCCCCAGCAAUGGGGCACCAACCACCUGCAGCAGCACUUUCCCUCUUGGCACCGCAACCCUGAUCCCAGCAUCGUGCUGAAAGGAGGCCUGGGGGAGGAAGGGCUGCAGAUUGAGCCUUCACCACACUUUUCCCACAGCGGCGGAGCUUGUCUGGCUGGGCCUGGCACUCCCACUCCAGGCAUGGGGACUCUGAUGGAGGAUUGGCUGGGCCAAACCUGAGUGGUGCUGCGACUGCAGGAAGCAGGCUGCAAUGCCCAGAGCAGGGAGUCAAGCCCAACCCGACUGGACAAGAGCCACUGCUGCAGGGUUUGCUCUCCAGCAUCCCCUUCGGCCCAGGGCUCUCCUCCACGCUGGAUUUGGGACUGUGGUGUAAAUGGUACCACUGCGGGUGAUCAGUGCCCCCAGAGCUGGGCCCAGACCCAUGGGGCAGGAGUUGCCACUGCAGCAUUUCCGUGGGCGCCAUUGCAUGUUAGCAUCCUAACAGAGCUAAAGCCGCCUGUUACCAUGUCUAUUGACUUCAGAUCAUUAUUUAGCUGAGCUAUACAUAUCAUCUCAUCCUUCCCCAUAAUAAAAUCUUCGCCGUUCUUUGUUGUUACUUUUCUCUAAACUCUCUCCAUUUUUUUCUGAUAAGAAGCCCAGAUCUGAAAUCUGUAUUACAUGUCUCAAGAAUAAUAGAGGGAUUUACCUCUUUGCUGUGUGAUGUAAUGCCUCUAUUUAUUAAGUUCAAAAUUAAACAGCUGUUUGUGCACACUGUAUUGCAUUGCCUACUCAGGCAUUAGGCACUGUUACGGCUACUUGAUCUCUUGGGAGUAGUCAGUUGAUGCAUGCAACUACCCAUCAAGGCUCAACCCUCAGUAUUUUGCAGUUCAAGGGGACAGUAAUGAUCUUUAAUAGCCUGAACAGUCUGGAAUCCUAUUAGCUGAGGACUGUCCCUCUCUCUCACUUCAUCACCUUGGUCACUCUUGCAAAUAGCCUUACAGUAGAAGUCUCCAGGAAUAGCAGCCAUUUUUUCACUACUUUGGAAUUCACUACCUUUAAUGGGCUAACAAAAUGAGAAGUGAAACUUAAGGCAUAGCAUCGGAAUAAUUUUUCUUUUGACUUUUUUGAAAUUUUAAACAGGAAAAAAAUAGCCAAAACCUGUUACAUGUUAUGGUGGCAAAUUUAUAACACCAGGAGUUACUUUCAAGGGAAUACUCCAAAUUUAAACUCAGCAGGUUCCUUGUAGAAAUCAAGUUCCUAACGCACACAGGUGGUGCUUGUAACAGUGAGUGGCAGGGCCAAGGCAGAGCUGAGCUUAGACACCCCAGUGACCCAUGGAGAACACAGGUAGCUCAGACAUCGGCUGUGGCAGACGAUACGUAGUUACAGCUCCUCUGCCUGCAGCACGGGCCUCAGCCCCAGUGUAGGGCUGGCUGCAUUCUCCAGGCCCAGCCCACCUCCUGCCCAUAUAAACCUGCUCCUCCGGAGCAGGCACCUGCUGAACGCCUGAGAGGCUCCGCUACUGUAGCUGCCUGCCCAGGCUAGGCCACAUCAUCUGCUACCCUCCCGUAUCUUCUGCGCAUGCUCGUCUCCUUCUGCUCGCUGCAGCAGGCGCACGCGCACUGUCAGCUAGGUGGCCUGAACACAGGAACGCUUUUCCAACGCGCGUUCCCUUAAAAUAAAUCAAUAAAUAAGCGCAUGCGCACCUCCGGGCCGCCGUGCGGCUUGCGGCGCAUGCGCGCUAUCGCGCCGUCUGGCGUGGUGCAUCGUGGGAAGGAGGCGGCUCUGUCCCGGCGGAGGGUGGCGGUGAAUCCUCCCGGCCGCUCACAGCAGUGUAGAGCCGCUUCCCCCCUCCCCCCGCCCGGAGGGAGCGCGGAUUUAAAGGGGCAGAGACCCCGGCGCGGGGACCAUGCCGAACUUCUGCGCGGCUCCCAACUGCACCCGCAAGAGCACCCAGUCCGACCUGGCCUUCUUCCGCUUCCCGCGGGACCCGGUCAGAUGUCAGAGAUGGGUGGAGAACUGUCGAAGGGCAGAUUUAGAAGAUAAAACUCCAGAUCAGCUGAACAAGCACUACAGAUUGUGUGCCAAACACUUUGAGACCUCUAUGAUAUGUAGAAGCAGUCCUUACAGAACAGUUUUACGAGAUAAUGCUGUGCCAACUAUAUUUGACCUUACAAGUCACUUGAACAAUCCACACAGCAGGCACAGAAAGAGAAUAAAAGAGUUGAGUGAAGAUGAAAUAAGAACUCUGAAGCAGCAAAAGAUUGAUGAAGCUUUUGAACAGGAACAGGCAAAUCAAGAGUUGAAUGAGAGCAAUACUCAAAACACUGUUUCAGAAGAAGGAGGAGAAGAGCAAGAAGAGGAAGUUGUUCCUUUAACGCUGGAAGAGAGGGAAAACAAAGAUUACCUUAAGUCUUUAUUUGAAAUUUUGAUCCUCAUGGGCAAACAAAAUAUUCCUUUGGAUGGCCAUAAUGCUAAUGAACUUCCAGAAGGUAUCUUCACCCCAGAUAAUUUUCAAGCUUUGUUGGAAUGCAGAAUAAAUGCUGGAGAUGAGGUUCUGAGAAAGCGAUUUGAGAUGGCUGCAGUAAAUCUGGAGUAUUGUUCUAAAACGCAACAGAAACAGAUGCUUGAGAUCUGUGAGAGCUGUGUAAGAGAAGAGACACUCAGGGAAGUAAGAGACUCACACUUCUUUUCCAUUGUCACUGAUGAGGUAGUAGAUAUAGCAGGUGAGGAGCACUUACCAGUGUUGGUGAGGUUUGUUGAUGAGUCCCACAAUCUGAGAGAAGAAUUUGUAGGGUUUUUGCCUUAUGAGGCAGAUGCUGAAAUUUUAGCUGUUAAGUUCCAUACAACUAUUAUUGAAAAAUGGGGUCUAAAUAUGGAGUACUGUCGAGGUCAAGCCUAUAUUGUCUCCAGUGGAUUUGCUUCAAAAAUGAAAAUUGUAGCUACAAGACUCUUGGAAAAGUAUCCACAAGCUGUAUACACGCUCUGUUCCUCUUGUGCUCUAAAUGUAUGGUUGGCAAAAUCAGUCCCUGUUGUUGGCGUUUCUAUCGCUCUAGGGACGAUAGAAGAAGUUUGUUCGUAUUUUAAUCAGUCACCACAGUUGUUAGUAGAACUGGACAACGUAAUCUCUGUUCUUUUUCAGAACAGUGAGGAAAAGAGUAAUGAACUGAAAGAGAUUUGCCAUUCUCAGUGGACAGGUAGACAUGAUACUUUUGAGAUUUUAGUGGACCUAAUGCAAGCAUUGGUACUGUGCUUGGAUGGUAUAAGCAGUGAUGUGUCUGUCAGGUGGAGUAACUUCGUUGUUGGACGAGCAUUUGUACUUUCAAGUGCAUUAACAGAUUUUGACUUCAUCGUCACUGUUGUAGUUCUGAAAAACAUUCUGUCUUUUACAAGAGCCUUUGGAAAAAAUCUGCAAGGCCAAACCUCAGAUGUGUUCUUUGCAGCCAGCAGCUUAACAGCAGUGUUGCAUUCGCUGAAUGAAGUGAUGGAGAAUAUUGAAGUUUAUCAUGAAUUUUGGUUUGAAGAAGCAACAAAUUUGGCCACAAAGCUAGAUGUACAAAUUAAACUCCCUGGGAAAUUUCGCAGGGCACAGCAAGGUAAUUUGAACUCUGAUGUAACAUCAGAAAAUUACUACAAAGAAGCACUUAGUGUUCCAACUGUAGAGCACAUUAUUCAGGAACUAAAAGAUAUAUUCUCAGAACAACACCUAAGAGCUCUUAAAUGUUUAUCUUUAGUGCCUUCAGUCAUGGGACAACUAAAAUUUAAUACGUCUGAGGAACAUAAUGCUGAUAUGUACAAAAAUGACCUACCUAAUCCAGAUACACUCUGUGCAGAACUUCAUUGCUGGAGAAUCAAAUGGAAGCAUAGAGGAAAAGAUAUUGAGCUUCCAGCUACCAUUUAUGAAGCACUUCAUUUGCCUGACAUUAAGUUUUUCCCUAAUGUGUAUGCGUUGCUUAAAGUUCUGUGCAUCCUUCCAGUGAUGAAAGUGGAGAAUGAGAAAUAUGAAGUGGGACGAAAGCGCUUGAAGGCGUACCUGAAGAACACCUUGACAGAACAGAGGUCAAGCAACUUAGCUUUGCUUAAUAUAAACUUUGAUAUAAAACAUGACUUGGAUUUAAUGGUGGACACCUACAUCAAACUCUAUCCAGACAAAGUAGAAUUUCAAGAAGACUUUCUUCCCUCAAACAAUUCAGAAGUAACUGAAGAUGCUUAAAAAAAAAUCUUUAAUCAGUUUGUUGCAAUAGUUUUUCUAUUCAGACUUUAACAUCAAGAGGAAAAACUAUAAAAUGUAUGUAACCUACUUAAUCAUUACAAUUGUAUUUCCAUUUUCGACCUCAGAUUGAACAAGCAGUGGCCAGUGACACAAGUUAUGUUCUGUUGAUCCACAUUAAAGUACUAUUAUGUGAACAAAAACACCUUUGAAAAUAAACAAGUGUGCUUCACAGAGACAGUACUCAAAUGCUUCAUCUGAUUGGCAUGACUAGGUAUUCAUUUUUGUUGUGUCAUUUUGGAAAAGUAAUUUAUGAUCGCUGUGGAUCCUAUGGAGUUGUUUCAUACUUAUGCAUAAAAAAAUGCAGGAAGGCAAGGUAGAAUGAAAUCCAUUGCUUACCAGUUACUGCUAGGAUUUUUGGUUUAUGUGGAAACUGUUUAAAAAAUAUAGAAAUGGUAUAUUUGAAUAACUUAGUGGAGAGUGAAUUCUUCUAUCACAGUCAUCACAGUCCACAUCAAGUGAGUAUGAAGGUACGUUAAGGUUUCAGUGGAAGAGCUAGCCUGUCUCAAUCACCUGAUUGUAUUGUUUACAUUCCUUUGUGUGAGCCACACAACUAUUUUUUCUUUUUAAGCUUUUAACAGGUAUGAAUUGAAUAUUAAAUCUAAAAUCCUGAAAGAUACUGACUGUAAAAAUUAUUCCAUAAGCAUCUAAAAUGAUUUGUUUUUGUCUUUACUGUUACACAAAAGUGUAUCUAUUGCCUCCAUCUUUAUUUGUAAACAUACCCUGGAAAAAUUAGAAAUAAGUUUGUUGUUUGUCCAGAAGUGACUUGGAAAAUAUUGCUGUUAUUUUUGGCACAAAGUAAACAAUUUUGUACAGUUUUAUUUCAAUCUAAAAUAAAAUGUGAAUUUGCUUUUUUUUUUUUUUUUUUUUAAGUAGUACUGAUAUUUAUUAGUAAAGCAGUGCUUCCUGAGGGAAGAGAGUGUUUUUUAUGAAGUGAUUUUUGGCUUAUAUUGUUCAUACAAUUCCAUCCAGUGGCAUUACAUUAAAAUGUUAGAUGGGAGUAAAUUUCAAUUUCUCGUUAGUUUGGGAAUGAUACAUGUAAUCCCACCUUUCAUGUAUGUGGUACACUUACAUUGUGUUAAGAGUUUUUAAAAAUUUCUUGUUGCAUAGCUUUAAAUAUAGCAUUCUUCAAGAUAAAAAUACUUUAUUUGAAUGGGACAUGUAGCCGUCUUUAAAAAUUUAUUAAAAUGUAACUUUAGUUACUACACCU